GAGGGAACCGGGCGGAGCGGCCAACAUGGCGGAACGCAGGCGACACAAGAAGCGGAUUCAGGAAGUUGGUGAACCAUCUAAAGAAGAGAAGGCUGUAGCCAAGUUUCUUCGAUUCAACUGUCCAACAAAGUCCACCAAUAUGAUGGGUCACCGGGUUGAUUAUUUUAUUGCUUCAAAAGCAGUGGAUUGCCUUUUGGAUUCAAAGUGGGCGAAGGCCAAGAAAGGAGAGGAAGCUUUAUUUACAACGAGGGAGUCUGUGGUUGACUACUGCAACAGGCUUUUAAAGAAACAAUUUUUUCAUCGGGCACUAAAAGUAAUGAAAAUGAAGUAUGAGAAAGACAUAAAAAAAGAAAAAGAGAAAGGAAAAGCUGAAAGUGGAAAAGAAGAAGAUAAAAAGAGCAAGAAAGAAAAUCUAAAGGAUGAAAAGACAAAAAAGGAAAAAGAAAAAAAGAAAGAUGGUGAAAAGGAAGAAUCCAAAAAGGAGGAAACUCCUGGAACUCCCAAAAAGAAGGAAACUAAGAAAAAAUUCAAGCUUGAGCCGCAUGAUGAUCAAGUUUUUCUGGAUGGAAAUGAGGUAUUUGUGUGGAUCUAUGACCCAGUUCACUUUAAAACAUUUGUCAUGGGAUUAAUUCUUGUGAUUGCAGUGAUAGCAGCCACCCUCUUCCCUCUUUGGCCAGCAGAAAUGAGAGUAGGUGUUUAUUACCUCAGUGUGGGUGCAGGCUGUUUUGUAGCCAGCAUUCUUCUCCUUGCUGUUGCUCGUUGCAUUCUAUUUCUCAUCAUUUGGCUCAUAACUGGAGGAAGGCACCAUUUUUGGUUCUUGCCAAAUCUGACUGCUGACGUGGGCUUCAUUGACUCCUUCAGGCCUCUGUACACACAUGAAUAUAAAGGACCAAAAGCAGACUUAAAGAAAGAUGAGAAGUCUGAAACCAAAAAGCAGCAGAAGUCCGACAGUGAGGAAAAGUCAGACAGUGAGAAAAAGGAAGAUGAGGAAGGAAAAGUAGGACCAGGAAAUCAUGGAACAGAAGGCUCAGGUGGAGAACGGCAUUCAGACACAGACAGUGACAGGCGAGAAGAUGACCGAUCCCAACACAGUAGUGGAAAUGGGAAUGAUUUUGAAAUGAUCACAAAAGAGGAACUGGAACAGCAAACAGAUGGGGAUUGUGAAGAGGAGGAAGAAGACGACAGUGAUGGAGAAACAACUAAAUCUUCACAUGAAAAAUCAUAAUCUGACUAAUUUGGGGACUAAAGUGCAAGAGGUUGGAUUUUCUAGGUUGGCUGAUCAUCAUAAUGUACACAUGACAUUUGUAGCAUUCUUUAAAUCCAUUUACUGAAGUGGAUUUGACAUCCAAGCAGUUAUAUUCAGCCCCUCAUUUCAUGUAAUACUAUUAUUGGUACAGUCUAAAGCCAUUUGUAAGUUUUAUCUAUUUGAUAAUUUUACAGUAAAUAGGUCUCAUUUAUUUUGAUAGUUAUCAAAGGUGCACUUUCCACAGUGACAUUUACAUUAAUGACAUUUUUUGAUAGUUGUAUGGCUUUUUACUGUUAGACUAAUCAAAAUAACUAAAAGGGAUAAAAACAAACACCAACAUUUCAGAUUAUGCAUAGUUAUGUAGCCAUUUCACAGUUUCUUUAAGUUGAAAUGCUUAAAUUAUUGUUCUUGAUAGUUUAGCUUUUGUUGAUUAUACCAGAAAAUUUCCAAGAUUCCGAGUUAGCAGGGUUCAAAAGCAUUUUGUGGAAACAAGCCAACUAGUAAUAAUGCAGCAACACUUUUAGUUUAACUACAAAUUCUCCUUUUCCAACUUAGGAAAUCCAAACUGAUUUGUACGACUGAGUCAGAGUAAGGUGGUCAUCUCCAACAGAGGAAGCAAGCAGCAUUGGUUGGAAGGUGAUGGCUCUUCUUCCCAUUUCCUUGUCAUAAAGUAAAAUGUAUUCUGUACAUAAUUUACAAAUAAACAUUUUAUUUUAAUUGA